UUUCAUUCGACUGUUCAGUCUUGUUGUCGUCAGAGGCCAUUCCUAUUUUUUUUGUGUUUUUGAUUCUGCAUAUUAUCUCAAAGGAAUGCCACAUUUUCUUAAUAGAGAUAAAACAGCAACAACCAUUGUCUGUCAAAUAGAGCUAGAAUAGUUGUAUCCUGUUAUAAGAGAAUAACUACAGUUACUAUACUGAAGUUUUCUGAAGUUACAGCUCGCUAGCUAACGUUAUCGUUCGGGCUGGGUGUGGACUGCCAAUGGCGUGUGUAGAGACAUCAGAUGACAGAGUAGGAGAGGUCCUGCUGAAAAGAGUGAUGCAGGAGCAGCUGGAUGAGGUGUUGUCAUCAGAGUUCCCGGUAGUGGUCUCCGCAGAAACUCAGGAAUUGGAGAGUGAGCAGGAGCAGAAGAUGGUGUUACAGCUGGCUGUGAUGAUACGUACCAUCGGAGACGCCUUCAAGGAGAACAGGGAGCUGGACGACAACAGUGUAAUAGAUGGAAUGGUGGGGCAAAUGACCAGCAAGACCAGCUACUGGAAUUUGGUAGAAAAGGUAUUUGAGGACGGUCAAAUCACCUGGGAGAGAAUUGCUGUGCUGUUCUACGUAGCAGGGAGGAUAGCUGUCAAGGUGGUGAUUGCUCACCUCCCCGAGUUAGUGAAGGACAUUCUGAAGUGGACUCUGGAGUACUUCAGAAGCAAAUUACUGCACUGGAUCCAGAAACAUGGAGGAUGGAUGAACAGUUUUGCUGCGCUGGCACGUGUACAGGUGGAGAGGAUAUCCUCUAUUAGCGCCCGGUCCUCAGGGCUCAUUCUGGUCUUCCUCGGAGGUGUCAUAAUGGGUAGUGUUAUCACCUGGAAACUGGCCAGGAGGACCUGACACACACAUACACAGUCCCACUCCAGUUCAAACGCAAUUGUUUGACAUGACAUGCAAACGUGUGGGCGUACACACACACACACACACGCACACACGAAUACAUUUGUUUACCUAGUCUAUGUAUUAUUAGUUACCUACCUUCUGGGUUGCUCCGGAUAAAUAAGAUGACCAGAUGCUGCUGGAAGUGGUGUUGGAGAGCCAGUAGGAAGCACUCUUUCCUCUGGUCUAAAACCGUCUUUUGGAUGGGACGUUAAAACGGGUGUCCUGACUCUCUGUGGUUAAUAAAGAUCACAUGGCACUUAUCAUAAGAGUAGGGGUGUUAACCCCGGUGUCCUGGCUAAAUUCAUCUGGCCCUCAUACCAUCAUGGCCACCUAAUCAUCCCCAGCUUCUAUUUGGCUCAUUAAUCCCUCUUUCCUGUAACUAUUCCCCAGAUCGUUGCUGUAAAUGAGAAUGUGUUCUCAGUCAAUUUACCUCAACUUAAAUUAAAUUAAACAAUUUUUUUAUCAGUGCCUUCAGAAAGUAUUCACACCCCUCAACUUUUUCCACAUUAUGUUGUUACAAAGUGGGAUUAAGAUGGAUUUAAUACUUUUUUUCCAACACAAAAUACUGUAUUACAUCUCUACACUUAGAAAAAGAGAGCCACCUGCACUGCUAUUUUAGUUUUCAGUUAAUCUGAUUGAUUAUUCUCUCAUCAUUGAUUUCAUGUACUUAUCUCAGCAAUUUCAGGGCUUUCUGUAUAGUUAUCUAAUGUUGGUGUGGCAUAUUAUUAUGUUUUAAUGUUAAUCUUGAAUUACAAAAACUCUUCUUAAACAUUACUGUUGCUCACAGAGUGAGUCUAUGCAAUUUAUUUUGACUUGUUAAGCACAUUUUUACUCCUGAGCUUAUUUAGGCUUGCCAUAACAAAAGGGUUGAAUACUUAUUGAUUCAAGACAUUUUUAAUUCAUUUGUAAAAACAAAAUAUCUCAAAACAUAAUUCUCCUUUGACACAAAAUCUCAAUGCAAUCCAUUUAAAAUUCAGGCUGUAACAUAAAGGGAUGUGAAUACGUUCUGAGGGCACUGUAUAUAUAUUAACCUACAGUCAUGAAACCAAAGUGUUGGGGAAGAGCUCAGUACAUUUUGUGUCACUACCCUUACGGAAAAAAACGUGAAUUUCACGUUUUUAACGUGAUCUUAUGGGAAGUUAAUAUGACAACAUGUAAAAGCAACAUGUGAUAAUAUGAAAUUGCACAUUUACAACAUGUGAUGCCAUGAAACUACACCUCACAACAUUUGAAGGUUUUUCCAUGUGAAAGUCACAAUUUGAUUUUCACAUGUGAAACUGCAAUUCACAUGUGUGGUGAAAACAUGUUAUUCUCACAUGUGAAAGGUGGUGUUAACAUGUGAACUCUGUAUUGAAUACAUGUGAACAGAUGGUUUCACAUGUGAACAACUGUCCUCGCAUGUGUCUCUUUUGUUUACAAAGGUGAACAUUUCAGCUCAACAUGUGAACAGUUAUUUCACCUGUAUAUACGAUUUCAGAUGUAAAAAUAUAAUUUCCACAUGUGAAACUGCAAAUAAAAUAAAACUGUAUGUCAUCACAUGAAGUGUUCCAAAACCACAUGGUUUCAAAUGUUACAAAUGUUAAAAUGUUACAUGUGGAAAUUUCACUUGUGAAAUCAUGUGGUUUUUCCCGUAAGGGUAUAUCAUCAUGUUUGUUGAUAUCCUGCUAGACUAGGGUAUCUGCCUGAAAUGAGAAACCAGUGUAAGCCUAACAGACAGCCCAAUCAUGUUAUGUGAUAGUUUUUUUUUGACAGAAAUGUCAUAUUAUUUUUCAAUACAAUAUUUUACAGAAAUAACACAUGAAUACCGAUUUGAUAUUUUUGAAGUUUAUAAAAAUGUAUGAAACAUGUAUUUUGAAUAAAAAACAUUUGGGAUGUUUGACUUGAAUGUAAUGUAUUAAAUGUGCCAUUUUAUUAGGAUAAACAAAAUAAAUAUGAGUUGACGGUG